AGAAAAUGGUUCCGAAGUCGCGAGAGCCCGCCACGUGCAUGAAAUAUUCCCCUCUGAGAGGAAAGGACGGCCCAUUAAAAAGAUUCAGACAGCAAGGCGGCGUCCAAAGCCGUCCCGGCGACAGAUAUUCCCUUCUUCGGCCCUCGUCGUCUCCAAGCUCCGAACGAAUCAGCAUCCACGAAAGAGACCCGCAGAAUCACCCUCCUCGCAUUCAUCGAUACUCCCUCUCUUCGCCCGUGUUGCUCUGAGAUAUAGGGGCGGCGGACCGAUGGAGAAGACGGCGACCCUCCGCGAGGUCAUGGCGCUCGCGGCGACGGAGCCCGCUGGCCCUCGCCUCCGCCGCCGCCGCGGGACCCUGCGGUCGCUCCUCUUCCGGCGGUUCCGCCGCCGCGGCGGCGAUCCGUCGGACCGUGCUCGCGACACGCUGCCGGCGAGCACCGGGGGCAAGUACAGGCUGGAGGACCUCUUCCUGCUGCAUCCGCCGCUCGAUGGUCCGGCGUCGGAGAGGAUAGCCGAGGCUCGCAGGCAUUCGUCGCUGGAGGCCGAGGCGGUCGGCGGCGGCUUGGCCGUGCGCCGGAGCGGGUCGAGAAGGCUCCCUCCUGUUGCCGGGUCGUUCCGGUGCCGGAUGCUGAGGAGAGCGUGGCGACCGGUGCUGCUUACCAUCCCGGAGUAGUAGGAUUCAGAGCAUUUGCGUCCGAUAAUUUUUGUUUUUAUUUUUAGUUUCAUUUUCGGGACUAUUGGCAAUUUGCCCCUCGAGUUCAUUUUUUUCUUUUCAAAUUUGACCCCUUAGGUACGAAUUGUUUGGCUCUCAAGUCCAAAAUUUCCCGAUUUGGGAAUCCCAAAUGGAGAUGUGCCCUCGCCAAAUUUUUUUCUUUUUUUAAAUUUGACCCUUUAAGUGCGAAUUGUUUUCAUAACGCCUUCUGUUUUUAUAAAGAAAUUUGGCUUUAUAUGUGAUCAAAGCGGUAUCUU